AAUAAAAAUCAUACAAAUAUUUAUGUUUUCGUUUUUAAUGUAAGUAAGCUGUAGAUAAAUAAUAUUUAAGAAUAUAAGGUUUAUUAUGAACAAGAAAUUAUAACUAGUUCUUAUACUUAAUUUAUAUCAUGGAAAACAAACCGAAGUUGGAGCCAGUAAGAUUGGCAGACUGGGCGCACAAUUGUGCAUUCUUUGCGAAAGACAUCGAACUAAUGUCGGAGAAUAAGCGCUCUAAGCAGACGGACACUGAAUCAAAUGCAAAAGUCAGAUUAAAUCCUAUUCCUCCUUCUCAAUUACUUUUAAGUUUUCAAGCAUUAAAACCUAGUGGCAUUGGACAGACACCAGUACGACCAGUUACCUCAAUAAAAAAAAAGAACUGGAACUCCUCUGUUAAAAUUGUCAAUAAAGAACGAAGAAUGACAGACAUAAAAUCCAAUAUAAGAAAAACUCUAAACUUCAAUUAUAAGGCUAAGGCAACAUAUACAAGGAAAACUCUUAUUGAAAAAGCAACACCAGAAUUACAGUUACUUAAAACUUCAAAAGUAAAGAAAGAACAAUCAGUUUUAAAUAGUGAAAUUAAGUUAAGUGGAAUAAAAAGAAUUCCCGUCACACCUCAGAGAAAAGAACUAGCACCAAAACAGUUACAAAUAAACACACCUAAGAGCAUUCUUCGUAGAAAACUUAUACCAAAUACACCUCUCUCAACUGCAUCUCACAAAUCCUGCGAUGGUGAUGCUACAUUUCUUCGUAUUGAAAAGGAAGUUGAUGAUAUGGUGCAGGAAAAGGAAAUAGAAAAUGACAUUAGUACAAAUGCUGCACUACCAUCAUCAACACCUUUUAAGGCUUCAAACGGUUUAGAGUACUUUCCAACAUCUGAUGUUAACUCUCUUCAGAAGGACAGAACUAUUCUAGACUUUAGUAAUGUGGGUGAAAAUGAGAACUCGGUGGUGGCUCUAUGUGAUGCAUUUAAGAAGGCACUUAUUUUACAUACCUGUCAAAAAACAGACUUGAAACAAGAACGUGGAUCGUUAAUAAGUGUCAUAGCAGUUGCUUUGAGACAUUUACAAGAAAUAGAAGAAUUUGAAAAAGAAAACACAGUUUACAAUAAUAGAAAACAAUUAGUGGGUGUCAGUCCAAAAGAUUUCAGCAGGACGAAAUCACCAAAUUUUAAAAUUAAAAAAAAAAUUGUCUUCCAAAAUUCCCCAAAAAAACUCCAUAUUUCUCCAAAAGUAGAUAAAGUUGAUGCUAUUAAUGUUUAUAUGGGUAUAAAAAAAAAUUUAAAUUUUUUAAACACACCAAAGAUAGAUAAGACACGAAAUAAUGAAACUGACACUCCUGUUAGGAUGAAGAAGAAGCUGCAAUCCCAACUAAAUAGAUUGUAUAAUGACAGUGAGUCGUAAUGCUAUACAGACACAAAAACAUCUAAUAGACUGAAAUUACUUAGAAAAUUAUGGAUUGUAGUAAAUUUUUUUCAGUCAAAAUUAAUAUGAUCAAUAUAAUUGUCUCUUUAUUUGUUUAAAAUUAUAACUGACAGUUAGAAUUGUGUAAAGAUGUAUUUACCUAUGAGAUAUAAUAUGUUAAUUUUGAAGACAAUUAGACAAAAAUAUAACAUAAUUAUGGAAUUAUUUUCUGUACU